AUGAGAGCCUUGCGUAUGACACGGUCGCUGAAGUCUUUCCGUGGUUUGCGGCUUCUGGUCCAGGCAUGCAACUCGUUCUUUCCCUCCUUGGUUCCUUGGCCUGGAUUUUUUGGAAAGCCAGUCUUGGCGGAUUUCCGUUGCAGAAGCUUAGGGCAACGCACUUUUUGCGAUUUGCAUCAAUGCUGCCAGCGCUUCUCACUUGGCCUGAAAGUUCUGAGCGUUUAA